UAUUCUUAUAUAAUAUUAUUAUUGUUUCUGUGUGCUAUUUUGUUAUUUAUAUAUAGGGAAGAAGAUUUACACUUGACAAAAAAAUUUUAGCAUUGUCGCUGUAUAAACAAUCUGGAUCUUGUUAUAAAUUAUUAUCAAAAUUUUUUGUUUUACCAAGUGCUACAACUCUAAAAUGUUUGCUACGAACAAUUUCUUUACAACCAGGAAUUAAUAAAUUUAUUUUUGAGCAUCUUCGGCAACAUAUAGCACAAAUGAAAAAUGAAACAGACAAAUUAUAUAUAUUAAUGUGGGACGAGAUGGCAUUAGAAGCCAAUUUGCAAUAUGACCAAUUGAAUGACAGAAUAAUUGGUUUUGAAGAUUGGGGACAUAGACGUACAUCACUGAUAGCCGAUCAUGUUUUGGUUUUUAUGGUAAGAGGAAUUUUGAAAGGAUGGAAAAUUCUAUUAUCUUACAACUUCUGCAAAAGUCAAACGAAAUCUGCACAGUUAAUUAGAUGCAUAAAAAAAAUUAUAAAAGAAUUAUCUCAAGCUGGUUUGACAAUAAUUGCAACUGUAUGCGACCAAGGGGGAGCAAAUAUGACAUCCAUUAAGAAACUUCUCGAAGAUUCAAGAAGUAAAUGUAUACAAAAAGGUCAAGCAUAUCGUAAGUAUUCUGUUUUAAUUAAUAUAUAUUGGACAUAUAAUAGAAAUAUAAAAUAAUUUUUAAUUUUUUUGAAGGAGGUUUUAUUGAACUUUUUGGGCAAAAUAUUGUACCUAUCUAUGAUCCACCGCAUCUUUUAAAAUAAAUUCGUAAUAAUUUAUUAUUUAAAAAUUUGGAAAUUAAUGCCACUAAUUCAGGAAUAAAGGAACGACAGUUUGCAUCAUGGGACAUCAUUGAUCAGGCAUAUAAAAUGGAUAUUUACACAAAUACAUUAAAUCGUCAAUUGCCAAAAUUAACCGAUGUACAUGUUAUUAAAUCAAAAAUAAAAAAGAGGAAAGUUAAAUGUGCUGCUCAAAUUUUUAGUGCAAGAUUAUCAGCAUAUAUUGAAUACAACAGCAAAAUCAAAGGAGGAUUUGUCGAGACACAGAUUGGUCCACUACAAAUACCAAAGACAGGAUAUGACACAGCAAUAGUGUUAGAUUUUUUCAACAAAGUUUUUGACUCCGUGAACGCACAUACUUUGCAUCCAGAGACUCCUUUACGUGUUGCGGUAACAAAAAAUAGCAAACACCAUGAUUUUUGGCUACAUGCUACUAAAUUAUUGUCCGACAUGCGAUAUGUAGAUCCGAAAACUAAGCAACCAGUUAAGUGCAUACCGUCAUUAAAAAAUUGGAUUUUUAUUCUACGUGGAUUUCAGAACAUAUAGAAAAUAGCGCAGGUAUAAAAUUUUUAAAGACAAGAAAUAUUAAUUAAGAUCCACUAGAAAAUUUUUUGGUAUGAUUCGUAGUCACGGACGUAGAAAUAUUAAUCCUUCGUGUAGCCAAUUUUGUGGAUCAUAUAAAACAUUAUUAAUUAAUAAUUUAACAUCAAAACGGUCUAUGGGCUCUAACUGCGAAGAUAAAAAUGACGGUAAUUUAUUAUUUAAUUUAAAACAAUUUGUGAAAAACGUUUCUUAUGUAAAUAAUGCAUCAGAACAAAUAGUUGAAGAAGACUCUGUAGCAUUCCAAAAUAACACAAUAAUACAUAACAUUUCAUCACAUAAAAAUAAUAGUCAAAUGUAUGUUUCUGGUUGGAUUGCAAAAAAGAUUUUAUCUCUGAAACUGUUUAAAAAUUGUUUAGAGUGUAAACAGAGUCUUCUAACAACAGAUAUAACAUCUGAAGAAUAUGUGCAACUAGUUCAUAGAGAAUAUGUACGAGAGAAACCUUCUUUAACUUAUUCAUCAAUGAUUUUUUUCAAACACGCAUUUAUUAAAGCCGAUUCUAUUUUAAAUAAAAAUAUUUCUUUAUUAUUUCGCAGAAAUGUUUCUACUUUGUUAUAUACACUUUUAAACGAUAAAUUAAGUUUAGAUUUUAUACGUUGUAAUAAACAUAAAGAAGAAUUAAAACAUGUUGUAAUA